CGGUCACCUCCCUCUCUCGUCACCAGCAGCUCCCCCUCUACUAAAACGUGGGCAUUAACAAGGACCCCCCACCCCAAGGAGGAGAAGGAGGAGGCAUGGACCUCCAAUGGCGACCCUGCCGACCUCGCACCGGCCCCUCCCCCUCUCCACCGUACCAUCAUACUAUAUCCCGGCCACGCAUAUAUAUACAUAUAUAUAUCGCCGAAUAGUGUGCACGGUCUCUCCUAUGCUUUCUCUCAAGUCCUAGGUGCUACCUCCCUCACUAGAAUUCCCGGCCGUACGUCCCCUCACUAGAAAGAAUUCUUGUUGCAAGUACUACACCAUCACCAUGAUCUGUCUCUACACGCUGUGGCUAGCGGCAUGCUGCCUCCUCCUCCUCUUGUACAGCGUCCGAUUCAGGUCCGGCUUCAGCCAUGGCAGCGGGCCCAGGAGCUACCCGAUGAUUGGGUGCCUGAUCGCCUUCUACCAGAACCGGUGGCGGCUGCUGGACUGGUACACCGAGCUGCUGGCGGCGUCGCCGACGCAGACGAUCGUGGUGGACCGUCUCGGCGCGCGGCGGACCGUGGUGACCGCGAACCCGGCCAACGUGGAGCACAUCCUCAAGAGCAACUUCGGCAACUACCCCAAGGGGAAGCCCUUCACCGACAUCCUCGGCGACCUGCUCGGUACAGGCAUCUUCAACGUUGACGGCGAGCUGUGGUACGCGCAGCGGAAGCUGGUGAGCCACGAGUUCUCGGCGCGCGCGCUCCGGGACCUGGAGUUUGCCGUGCUCGAGGACGAGGCGCGGGAGCGGCUCGUCCCGGCGCUGUCCCUGGCCGCGGCGCGCGGCGGCGUGGUUGACAUGCAGGACUUGCUCCGCCGCUUCUCCUUCGACGUCAUCUGCCGCGUGUCGCUGGGCGUUGACCCCGGGUGCCUGGACCCGGCAUUGCCCGAGGCGCCCAGGCUGGCCGCGGCGUUCGACGCGGCGGCCGGGAUCAUCGCCAGGCGCGGCGCAGCCCCCGUAGCCGCCGUGUGGAAGGCGAAGCGCGCGCUGGACGUGGGCUCCGAGCGCCGGCUCCGCGAGGAGAUCAGGGUCAUCCACGAGGCCGUCAUGGACCUCAUCCACAUCCGCAAGAAGGAGCGCGGCCUGCAGCAGCUGCAGGAGGUCAACGCCGGCGGGAGGAGCGACCUGCUGUCGCGGAUGAUCGAAUGCGGGUACCCCGACGAGGCGAUCCGCGACAUGGUGAUCAGCUUCAUCAUGGCCGGGCGCGACACCACGUCGUCGGCGCUGACGUGGUUCUUCUGGCUGCUCACCCGCCACCGCGACGUGGAGCGGGAGGUCCUGUGGGACAUCACCACGGCCACGGGCGGCAGCCACGCCGCUGGCGGGCAGGGCAAGAUGCGCGUGCUCCACGCCGCGCUGUGCGAGACCAUGCGGCUGUACCCGCCCGUGGCGUGGGACUCGAAGCACGCGGCGGCCGGGGACGUCCUCCCCGACGGCACCCGCGUGGAGCGCGGUGACCGCGUCACCUACUUCCAGUACGGGAUGGGGCGGAUGGAGUCCAUCUGGGGCGCCGACGCCGCCGAGUUCAGCCUGCAGCGCUGGCUGUCCCUGCCCGAGGACAACGUGACGCCUCCCCCCGCCGCGGUUGCCGCCGGCGUAUCGCCGUUCAAGUACCCGGUGUUCCAGGCGGGGCCACGGACGUGCCUGGGCAAGGAGAUGGCGUUCGUGCAGAUGAAGUUCGUGGCCAGCACCGUGCUCCGCCGGUUCGAGCUCGUCCCCGUCGACGAGGGCCGCGUGCCGGUGUUCGUGCCCCUGAUGACGGCGCACAUGGCGGGCGGGCUCAACGUGACGGUGAGGAGCAGACGGGAACCACCCAUUGCCGCCGCUGCAGCUGCGUCGUCUGGGAAUUCGAAUUGAAUACUCGUCCCAUCCCAUCCCCGGCCAGUAAAAUACUUAACACUCCUCAUGUAAGUACGACAAAUUGAAAUCAGGAUUGUUUAGUUCCUACUAUACUCCAUUAGUGUUGUUAUUGAAAUUAAAAUUCAUGAGGACGCCACGUACUGUUUUUGCUGCUUAUUACAGACAAGCAGUGUACACUUUUGUACGAUAUGGAUCAUCAUCAUCAUAUGAAAGAGAUACACAGCAAGCAUACAUAUUUGCAGCUAUCCAGCAAA